AGACACAGAAGCGACCAAAUAAUUAUGGUCGGUCAGGGUUAAUCCUUAUCCUGCCUUUCUUCAGUACCAAACCUCGAAGUCUAACCGCCAUGAUUUUCACGUUGGUUCAUCAAAAACGCUUCAGUACUGUACACCCCGAAAUUCAUGUGUCCACACACACCUGCUUCUACACUUCUACUUCGAUACCUUUCUUCCCCUCUCUCUGCAUAUAAUCUUUAGAAAUAUUCGCAGCUUCAGCAAAAGUGUUAGAUUUCUCUGUUCGCGGUUAUGGCAUCUGGAUCCUCAGCUCCGGCCAACAAUUCGGUCUCCAAAGGGUUUGACUUCGCCGCCUCCGAUGAUAUUCUUUGCUCCUACGAAGAUUACUCCAAUCACGCCAGUUCUAAUGGCACCCUCCACUCCGAUCCCGCGGCUGCGUCCACUUCUGCAAAGGAGUUCCAAAAAAACAGAAUGACGAGAUCAUCUAUGUUUACUGCUCCGCCUUAUAGGCUUCCUGAAGAAUCGUCAUUUAAUGAAGAUGUUAUGGUUACUGUUGACAUGACCAUGAAGAAGUAUGCUGACAAUCUGAUGCGUUUCCUUGAGGGAAUUAGUUCACGGCUGUCUCAGUUGGAAUUAUAUUGUUACAAUCUUGAUAAAUCGAUUGGAGAAGUACAGUCUCAUAUGAUUCGUGAUCAUGGAGCAGCGGAUACCAAGCUCAAUUCACUUGAAAAGAAUCUUCAAGAGGUUCACAGGUCAGUACAGGUUCUGAGAGAUAAGCAAGAACUUGCCGAAGCUCAGAAGGAGCUGGCCAAGAUUCGGCUUGCACAGAAAGAAUCAAAUUCAGGUAACAACUCUCAGCAGAAUGAAGAGAGAAAUGCCCAACAUAUUUCUGAUACCAAAAUGAGUGGAAAUUCUUUGGAAGUUAACGGGCUGCAACUGGCACUUGCACUACCACACCAGGUAGCACCACGACCAGUGGAACAUCAUCAACUGCCGCCUGUCCCAGCUCCCCCGCCAAUUUCAUCACAAGCUAUUUCGCAACCACAGGGAUACUAUUUACCUCCAACUCAGUUGUCUCACGGUCCAUACAUACUACCUGUUCCUCAAUUCCAAACUUCCCAAGCACAAGAACAUACUAGGUUGCAACCACAAUCUGUACAACCUCAAUUGAACUUGACCCCACGGGUUCAGGCUACAGCUAACUAUCAGCAGCAGCAGCCACCUGCCGUUUUCCCUCCUUACCUGCUCAGUCAACCAAAUCCUACCCCCGAUAUGCCUAUGUCUCGACCAGUUGCAAGCAGCCCCGAGGGGGGAAUCCGUUAUGGGUAUGCUGGUGCUGGGAAGCCAGUUCAGCCAGAAACUCCAGUUCAGCAUCUCAAACCCACUCUUCGGGCACCUGGGGAGGGGUAUGGACUCGGCACAGCCCAUCCCUCCAUUUCACAAGGUAAUGGUUACGUGAUCUAUGAUGGGGAAGGGGCAAGGAGUCAUUCAACCCCACAUCCUCACUUCCCACAAGGUGGCUAUCCUCCAUCAAGCUUCACUGCCCAGAACCCACAGCCAGCUCCUACUCCUCCUAGCACAACUAAUGCAAUGGCUCGUCCACCACAGUUGAUCCGCAACCAUCCCUACAAUGAAUUAACCGAGAAAUUCAUGCACAUGGGUUACAGGGGCGAUCAUGUCAUAAAUGUGAUCCAAAAGCUGGAGGAGACCGGUCAGCCUGUUGAUUUCAACACCGUGCUUGAUCGAUUGAAUGGCCAUUCUUCUGGUGCCCCCUAUAGAGGAUGGUAAGUAACCUUGAAUCUUUCUAGCUGUCACGUUUCUGUGUUCUGAAAGACCAUGGUUAAGGCAAACAACCAUCUCGGUCUGUAUCAUUACGCCACAUUCACCCGGUGGUUUUGUCUACUAUAUAUGCCUUGCGUUCAAUAAAACUUGAUACGAUAGCAUGGGAAUUUGGUAUGUAUAAAAUCAAGAGGUGCACUAUAUUAUUUGUUGUGGCCUCUUCCCUGCUUUCUUAUACAUUGUAAGGUUAUGUUCUUUGAUAUAUAUAUUUCAAUGACGACAUAUAAUCCAAUACACAUCUUUGGUACGAUG